UGCUAGGUUACACUAUGACGUCAGGCAUGUAACAAAUCUUUGCGCGCGCACACGUGUGAGUAAUUGCCUUGUUGGCGGGCUAGUUUGUGAGAGGUGGGAAACUUCACUUCGUUAUGGAGCCUAAAAGGUGUUUAGAGCCUCCUGAAUCGAUGGAGGACGUUGUAAAAGGUCUUCAUGUUCUUUUUGAAGAAGACCGCGUCAAUGUUGAGCAGGUUAUUUCGUUUUUAGAGUCAUAUCGAUCAAACCCGGCUGAUUGGGCAAAAUACGCGAACUACGAUCCUCACCGGUACACAAGAAACUUAGUAGACGAAGGAAAUGGAAAAUUCAACUUGAUCGUAUUGUGUUGGGGAGAAGGCCAAGGGAGUUCUAUUCAUGAUCACACUGAUGCCCACUGCUUCCUGAAGGUGCUAGAUGGAAGACUUAAAGAAACACAGUAUCCAUGGCCCUCAGACUCUGAGCCUGAGAAACCUCUGGAACCAACAGCGUCAAGAUUUUAUGAGACUAAUGAAGUCAACUACAUCAAUGGUAUGUCUAAACCAAUGAUAUGUCUGCUCAUUGAUGAAUAGCCUUCACUCAUCGUGCUUAAAAGCAAAAUAU